AUGAUUUCUACUUCUGACCUAUAUGCAUAUGAUAUACCUUCAAUUUGGAUGGGUUUUACUCCGCCAAAAGCAGAGAUUUUACUCUGGUUUGUUUGUAGAAAUAGAUUGUGCUGUAGGGAUUGGUUAAGCAAUAUUGGAAUUAUUCCCCAAUCUCAAAAUGUUUGCCCGUUUCAUCUACGAUAUGAGGAAACAAUUCCGCAUCUAUUCUUGCAAUAUGAAUUUUCCUGGAAGACGGUUUUUUGGAUGAACCCUUUUUUUGCUAUCACUUGGUCUUUGCGGUUAAAGAGAAAUGGUAGAGUAUUCAAUAGUAAUGAGAGUUCUAUAGUUGCUUUAUGCUCUUUAAUUUUGCAUCGUUUGUCGAUUUGGAUGAAAGCGAAUAAUGUGGAUUUUCCAUUUUCUGGUUUGGAUUUGUUGGUUUCAUCCGAGUAUAUUAAGAGCUGGACUAAUGUGUCUAAGCAAAGACCGUUGGCACUUUGGUCUGCACCCUUGGGUUCCUCUUUGGAAUGGAAUGUGGAUGGGUCUUCUAGGGGGAAACCAGGUGAGAGUGGUAUGGGGGGUGUGGUUAGAAAUGUUGAUGGAUCUUUUCUUUGUGUGUUCUCUUGUGCUUUGGGGGUUAUGGAGUCUAAUAGAGCAGAGUUAUUAGCUAUAGUUAACGCACUUAAGCUUAGCAUUUAG